AACCUCGCGCUAGCUCGUUGAUUAAAGCAAAAGACCUGCUGGCUCUAGGUACAUCCAUGAUUGUAGGUCAGGUCAACUGCUCUACCCAUUCGAAUCCAAAGAUCCAACCACUAUGGUUGGUACCGAGCACCCCGUGCACGUUGUCCUGUUCCCGUUCAUGGCGCAGGGCCACGUCGCGCCGUUCCGCUUCCUCGCCGAGCUCGUCCGCCGAGCCCGACCAGACGCCAGCAUCACCAUAGUCGCAACUCCCUGGGUGUCCGAGUCACUCCGGGCCACUCUCGCGGCGAGCAACGUCGACGUCCACGCCCUGCCGUUCAACCCAGCCGACCAUGGUCUCCCGGCCGACGCCCACAACUCGGCAAGCAUCGGCCCCGAUCAGCUCGGCAGCCUCUUCGCCGCCUCUGAGUCCCUCGGCCCAGCGUUCUGUCGCUUCGUCGCCGGCCUCAGGGCCACCGACCCUGCCGCUCAUGUACAUAUCAUGGCGGACAUGUUCUUGGGCUGGACGGUGGGCGUCGCCCGCGACGACGCCGGCGUGUCCCACUCCAUCGUCUUCACCUGCGGCAGCUACGGGGCGGCGGUUUACUUCUCGCUAUGGAACAGCGUCCCGCUCGGCGCAUUCAGCGCGGGGUCAACCGACGACGCCUUCGUGUUGCCGCAGUUCCCGCAGAUUAGCGUCCGGCGCUCGCAGCUCAGCGACCAACUUGCCGCGGCCGACGGCAAGGACACCAGGUCUACUUUCAUCCGCAAGCAGAUCGCCUUCUUCUCCCGUGCCGACGCGCUGAUUGUCAACACCGCAGAGAACCUGGAACCCAAGGGGCUGACGAUGCUCCAGCAAUGGUUCAACGUACCAGCGUACCCAGUUGGGCCACUCCUCCGUACCACGGUGGCAGCGUCGUCGUCAGAAACGAAGGAUACUAGCAGCACAAUCUUCGCCUGGCUCGACAAGCAGCUGCCGGGUUCCGUUCUGUACGUGUCGUUCGGGUCACAGUUCAACAUCAACGCCACACAGAUGGUGGAGCUAGCGAUUGGGCUCGAGCAGAGCGCCCACAAGUUCGUGUGGGUGAUCCGGCCGCCGUCUGGGUUCGACGACAACCGCGAGUGCUGGUCCGAGUGGCUGCCGGACGGGUUCAGUGAGAGACUAGUGGUCACAGGGCAGGGCCUUGUGGUACCGUGCUGGGCGCCGCAAGUGGAAAUCCUUGCGCAUGCAGCUAAUGGAGCCUUCCUGACGCACUGCGGAUGGAACUCGGUGCAGGAGAGUCUCGCCCAUGGCGUGCCACUGAUAGGGUGGCCGCUCUCGGCGGAGCAGUUCUACAAUGCCAAGAUGCUGGUGGAGGAGAUGGGGGUGUGCGUGGAAGUGGCUCGCGGGAGCGACGGCGUGAGAAGGGAGAGGAUCACCGAGGUGGUGGCAAUGGUGCUUGGCGAUACCUUGGAGCUUGCAGCGCUGAGACGGAAUGCGGCGGCCGAGGCGGAGAAGUUGAUUCGCGCAGCAGGGGAGAACGACCGCAACGGGUCGUCGGUGAAAGUGAUGCAGAUGUUCUUCAACGAAAUGUCUCAUCUCUUCUAACGAUUAUUACGGUCGUUGAGCAAAGGCUGCAAAUUGUAGUUUCUUUUUUUUUAAUUUAUAUUUGACGCUUAUUACGAUCGUUGAGUGAUGACAGCAAACUGUAGUUUUUGUAAUUUCUGUUUGUGUUUCUUUAGAACAACAAAAGCAAUGGUGACAAAUAUAUAAAGCACUAUUAUCAAAGUGACAGUAUGUUGAGGAUUCGAACCA